AUGGAAGUUGUAGUACUGUGUUUACCAGUAGGUAGCUGCUCAGGUGCCUCUCCACAGGGAUACCUACCUACCAUUGGAAUUAUUUAUAUAGUGCUGUACAAUAGGUAAACCAGGUGAACACUGAAUUCUUAUAGGUGGGCAUUGUAAAGGCAGCCAUGUUGAAUAAACAGUCUAGAGACAAACAUUUCAGCUAUUUUGGCUUUAAAUUUUAAAUCCAUUUUGAAUUUCUGACAUUUGUCAUUUAACCCUGCUAGCUAGUAAUCGUGGAAGGUUUGGUGCUUAGACAAGACAGUGGUCAGCAAGGCAAUAUUAAUACUGGCAUGGAUGAGCAAAGCAUAGACUUCUCAUAUUCCCAGUCUUCCCUGUAUUCUUUGGUUCAAUUCUUUAACCAUGUUCUUUAAAGAUUACCUCUAAAGACACAGAGGACCUGUCUGAUGUACCUCCCACCCAACCCACAGUAAGCUUUUUUUAUAUUACAGCACUGGGAAUAUGAAUUAGAUGUAUACCUUGGGACUUUCUCUAUGGUGUGUGUCCUCUUGGGUGUUUACUCACUAAACUUUGAAUUGUAGCAUGUUGGAACCCAAAAUUUAGGCAAGCGAGUCAAGCCAUGACAUAGCUGAUUUGGAUUUUGUUCCCAAAUCAGCUAGUUUAGCCUAAGAUUUUAAAUUUGAAUUUCAAUGUGAUAUAAUUCAACAUUUAGUAUAGGAUCGAACAGAACUGCAUAAAAACACAAUCCUGGUAAUGAUUUGACUUGAUGUGAUUUCUCCUUCAGGUUGGUACCAACUUGACUGACCUAACCAUUCAUCGGACACGGGUGACAGUGCGUGAGGUGGGCGGAUCCAUGGGACCUAUCUGGUCCAGUUAUUACAAGGACUGCAAAUCUGUGCUGGUACGUUGCUUUCAGUAACUAUUUAGCUGACCACUCUAAUAGCUGGAGUUGGGGAAGAGGAAUCUUAUUCUUAUGGGCAUGAAAAGUGAUGACCUGUAGUAUGUAGAAUUCAUAUUCUGCAGGAGGGCAUUAAUCAAUAAAGGAUAAUCAAUGAGUUUCCUUCCUGUUCUAUUUAAAUGUUUUGUACUUCAGACUGCACUAUUCAUGCACCACUCACAUGCUGAAAUGUGGUGGUUCUGCCAAACCUAAGCUUACUCUUAAAAACUGCUAAAGUCUCCUGAUAGCUGAUUAGGAGCUAUAUCCAGCAUGUGAAUUGCUGUUUUCAGAAUCCCCUAGCUCUCUAAAUACCUUAUUCUUUAAAAGAACAGACAGACGGAUACAGCGCUUCAACUUGCUGAAGUGCUUUUUGUGCCUGGAGUCUGUCAUAUUUGUGACAAUUUAGAAAGAUGCAGGUUUUAAAAGAAAAAUGCACUUUUAUGAAAUGCCUCCCCAGCUGUCACCCAGACAGCCAUGAAGGUUUUCUUCUGCUUCCAUUACCUCCACAUCUAAUAGCAGCAGCAGGCGUGUUGGGCUAGCCUAUCUGCCUCCCCUAUUCUCAGUUAACUGUAUUACAGCUCUUUGAGACACGUAGGACUAGCCACAAUCAUACAAUCUCAUAACUCUAUUGGUUAUUUCCCCAGCACAGACUAAAAGUCUAUGUCGGAGAAAGAGGGGAGGGCUUUAGGGAUCGACCGAUUAUCGGUUUUGCCGAUAUUAUCGGCCGAUAUUUAGAUUUUUUGUAAAUAUCGGUAUCGGCGAUAAUCACUGGUAAGACCGAUAAUGAGGUGGGCCAGCGCGUCCAUAAGGCAGCACAAGCGGCUGCCUUAGGGCGCACUGUCCGGGAGGGGGUGGGGGGGCACUAGAAUAGAGUGACCUGUCAGGAGGUGGGCGCACAGCGCUCCCUCCUGCCAGGCACUUUGUGUAGCGUGGCGAGCGGAGAAUGCGCAGCGGUGGGGGGGGGGGGAAUAGAAGGACACUAUGGGACAGGGGAGGGGAGGAUGGGACAUUAAGGUAGGGCACUAAGGUACGGGGGAGGGAAGGGAAAAGGAACACUGGGGUAGAGGGGGGACCACUAAAAGAAAAGGGAGAGGAACAUUGAGGUGAAUGGGGGGGCACUAAGAGACAGGGGAGGGGGGGGGGCAUUUCUACCGCACAUAUUUACACACACACACACACACACACUGCAUCCACUACCCACACUGCAUCCACUACACACACACACACUGAAUCCACUACCCACACUGCAUUCACUACACAAACACACACACACACUGCAUCCACUACACAAACACACACACACACACAAACACUGCAUUUACUACAGAAACACACACAUUGCAUCCACUACACAAACACACACUGCAUUUACUAAUCAAAUACUCAGUGCAUCCACUACACACAAACAAAUAUUCUUGAAAACAUAAAACAAAUCUGACUGGCAUGUAUAUUUUGUGCAUUUACCACUUCAUAAAAAAAGAUUUGAAAUAAAAUUUUUUAAAUUAUAAUCAUGUUCAGUUAACAGUAUAUUUGUGUAGAAAUUUUCUUUUUUUCAAAUCGGUAAAUAUACAGAAUACCAGUAAGCUAUCGGCUAUCGGGCUGAAAGUUCCCAGAUUAUUGGUAUCUGCUCUAAAAAAAUCAAUAUCGGCCGAUCCCUAGAGGGCUUGCAAAGACUGCAGACAGCUGGUCUGCAAAUUUUGCCAGCUGAUUGUUCACAUAACCCCUAAAGGAAACAUGCAGGAAAAAGUACGUGUAUGUUUUUGUUGGGGUAUAUCUACUUAGUUGUUAAGUUUCAAUGAUUCUUUAACUGCUGAUACAUCCUGUCUUUACUUGCAGUUUGUCGUGGACGCUGCUAACCCAUUCCAGGUGUCUGCAUCCUGUAUCCAGCUCCUGUCUGUGCUUUCAUCUCCUCUGCUGGUCACUGCGUCAGUGCUUAUCAUUUUCAAUAAAAUGUAAGUUUUUAGGGUUCAUAUUGGCUCUAAAUGUAAAGAACAUCAUGCGUGUCCCAUUUAACAGCUUUACUUGUCUUUUUUGCACGCAUAUGUAUUUUAUCGUUUCUAUUUUUCCUUUUGUAUAACAUUUACACAAUCGUUUAUACAAUGAACCCAGAUCUGGUAAUCUCCACUUAAUCAGUUAAAGAGCCAAUUCACAGUUUUUGUCCUUUCUUUUAUUUAUCAUGAACCGGACUUGCCAAGAGUCUAAGACACUAAUCUUGUACCUAAUUUCAGGGACCUAGCAAGUUCCAUGUCUCUGGUGGAAAUGAAAUCACUGUUCAGAAUGGAUGACAUCAUUUCCUGUGCAAAGCAGCCAAUCACUAUACUGGAAAUAAGUGCCCUAGAUGGCACCGGACUCCAAGAAAUUCUACAAUGGCUGCACUCCUCCAGUGAUUCCAAGAAUUGA